GAAAUCGCUGGCCCUAAAUCAUAUUUCUCUCUCUAACUAAAAGAAGAAAAGAAAACCUCUUUUUUCCUUUUUUUUUUUCUUUAUUUCUUUAUAAAAUUCUUCGAAAAGACAGAGAAAGAGGGAGGAAUGCGAAGAAGAGACGAAGGAAAAAGAGUGCUAGAUCGCAAGCGCUAGGAGUAACGAGAAGGAUUUGCAGAUCCUAAUUAACGCAAUAGUUUCUCCUGUUUGCGUUUUCUCGAGAAAAUUUUCCCUCAUUGAUUCGUUUUUUUUUUUUUGAGUUGGAGCAUGCAGCAGCUUCUUUUCUAAAAAGCUUGCAGUUUGCAAUAGAGGGAAUUUCAGCGGAUAAUAGAAGUUUGUUUUAAUUUUCAAAAUCAUGGUUGCCACUGCUGCUACAUCCGCAUUCUUUCCAGUAACUAUUUCUCCGGACUCCUCUGACUUUAAAAACAAGAAGCUUGGAUGUGGAUCUACUAACCUUAGAGGUAUCAAGUCGAAAGCAUCUGCUUCUUCUGGAAGUUUGCAAGUCAAGGCAAAUGCUCAAGCCCCUCCAAAAAUAAAUGGUGCUACGGUUGUGACAACUCCAGUGGAAGGUUUCAAGAACGAAGAUGGUGUGAGUUCCCCUCCUCCCAGGACGUUUAUCAAUCAGUUACCUGAUUGGAGCAUGCUUCUUGCUGCUAUCACAACCAUUUUCUUGGCUGCUGAGAAGCAGUGGAUGAUGCUUGAUUGGAAGCCGAGGCGACCUGACAUGCUUAUUGAUCCUUUUGGCAUAGGGAGGAUUGUUCAGGAUGGUCUUGUUUUCCGUCAAAACUUCUCAAUUAGGUCUUAUGAGAUAGGUGCUGAUCGUACAGCAUCCAUAGAUACACUAAUGAAUCAUUUACAGGAAACAGCGCUUAAUCAUUGUAGAAGUGCUGGACUGCUUGGAGAUGGUUUUGGUUCAACCCCUGAGAUGUGCAAGAAGAACCUAAUAUGGGUGGUCACACGGAUGCAAGUUGUUGUUGAUCGCUAUCCUACUUGGGGUGAUGUUGUUCAAGUAGAUACUUGGGUCAGUGCCUCUGGAAAGAAUGGCAUGCGAAGGGAUUGGCUUGUCAGUGAUAGUAAAACUGGUGAAAUUUUAACAAGAGCCUCAAGUGUGUGGGUGAUGAUGAAUAAACUGACUAGAAGGUUAUCUAAAAUUCCAGAAGAGGUCCGAGGAGAAAUAGAACCGCAUUUUAUGAAUUCUGAUCCUGUUGUGACUGAGGAUAGCCGGAAGUUAGUGAAACUUGAUGACAGCACAUCAGAAUAUGUGCGUAAAGGUUUAGCUCCUAGAUGGAGUGACUUGGAUGUCAACCAGCAUGUCAAUAAUGUGAAGUACAUUGGCUGGAUCUUUGAGAGUGCUCCACUGCCGGUCUUGGAGACCCACGAGCUUUCUGCCAUGACACUGGAGUAUAGGAGGGAGUGUGGGAGGGACAGUGUGCUGCAGUCACUAACUGCUGUCUCUGACUCUGGUGUGGGGAACUUGGUAAAUUUUGAUGAAAUUGAGUGCCAGCACUUGCUCCGACUCGAGGAUGGGUCUGAGAUCGUGAGAGGGAGGACCCAAUGGAGGCCGAAGUAUGCCAAAAGUUUUGGUAAUGUGGGUCAAAUUCCCUCGGAGAGUGCGUAGAAGUCCAAGUUUCGAAGUUGUGGCUGGAGGGGCAGUAUAGUCUCAUUGCUGUGUGUCACAAUGUUUUGUGUAGAAUCUAUGUUGUGUUCUUUGGAUUUAAAUAUGUUUCUUCUUUAUAUAUAUAUAUAUAUAUAUAUAUAUAUAUGUAUAAUAUAUUCCUUCUGAUUCGUCUUGAUUAAAAAAAAAUGGUCUUGUUUUAUUCUUUCUAUCUCUCUCUCUCUAUCUUUGUCCGCCCACCAGCCCAGCCUCCCCAGCCAACUGGCUCUUGUUAUGAAGAUGCUUCUGCUUUUGAAAAUUGAAAGCCAGGUGAGAUGGAGCAACUUUUGUAAGGAUGAAAACUGGUCUUAUGCUUUGCCUUACUGGUCGGUUGGUACCCUAUAUACCGUAGUUUGGCUACGUUAGGUUAAUCAAUCUUUAAUUUGUAAAGAAUAUGUAUAUUUUUGGCAUUUCAUUAAAUGGAUGGUUUACUUUCAUCUCAACCUAUAAUUUUCUUAUCUUUUCGUUGUUUUUUUGUGUGUGUUGAAUCAAGAAAUUCAUAAUCAUAACAAGCAGAGAAAUCUGUUGGUAUAUCAUAAAAAGGAUCCAAGAAAAUAUUAAAAAGACAAACAUGACCAAGGUAGAAAAGCAAAGCAUUGAUAAAAGCCUAAAUGAACAUUAGUUGAAUUAAGCAUUAGUUAGAUAUUACC